UAAUUAUUAAGCCUCAGUAGCAUUAUCCAUAUAUUUAUUACCACAACAGUGAUCAAAGUUGCCUAGAAAAAAUGCAAGCUCUAUUUAGCGUAAGAAGCACCAACUGUAUUCUAAGUUCCAUCUGAAUCACAGAGAGGUAGUACUGAAAUGGAUCGACCAGUAGAAACACUCGCACCACAUGUACUCAUCUUCCCCUUCCCAGUACAAGGCCAUGUAAACUCCAUGCUCAAGCUCGCCGAGCUUCUCUGCCUCGCCGACUUCCACGUCACCUUCCUCGUCCCCGAUGACACCCACGACAGCCUCCUCCGUCACACCGACGUUCACAAGCGUUUCGAGCACUAUGCCCGAUUCCGGUUUCAAACCAUUUCCGAUGGCAUCCCUGCGGACAGAGCACGAUCCGGUACCGAUUUCCUCUCAGACUUGCUAAAUUCUUUGAGAAACGUAAUGAAACCUCUUUUUAAAGAGUUGAUUCGCUCUAAUCGACUGAGCUGUGAGUCAAAUCGGCCAAUAACGUGCAUAAUAACAGAUGGGGUAAUGAGUUUUGCCAUUGAUCUUGCUGAAGAGAUGGGUAUUCCCAUCAUUUACUUCCGAACAAUCAGCGCUUGUUCUUUCUGGGCUUAUUUUUGCAUCCCUGAACUCAUUGAAGCCGGCGAGCUUCCCUUUAAAGGAAACGAUUUGGAUGUACCAAUACAAAGCAUACCAGGCAUGGAAGGCUUUCUCAGGCGGCGUGACCUUCCUAGUAUUUGCCGUGUUGGUGAUUUGAGCAAUCCAGAUUUACAAUUGAUAUCGUCUGAAACCAGGCAAACAACACGACCCCGAGGACUCGUACUCAACACGUUUGAAGAUCUAGAAGGACCCAUACUCUCUCACAUACGUACUCAGAUGCCGAAUGUCUACACCAUUGGACCACUCCACGCGCACUACAAAACAAGGCUGGCAGCGGCAGCAUCUUCAACGACGACGACGGGGACCUCAUCGAAUAGUCUUUUGGAAGAAGACAGGAGCUGUUUGACGUGGCUCGACGAGCAACCAACGCAAUCUGUCAUUUACGUAAGCUUUGGAAGUCUUGCGAUCAUUACAAAGCCCCAGUUGAUGGAGUUCUGGCAUGGUCUGGUAAAUAGUGGAAAACGAUUCUUGUGGAUUAUACGGCCUGACUUGGUCAUUGGCGGAGAUGGGGAGGGUCAUAUCGAGGCGGAGUUGUCAGAAGCGACCAAGGAAAGGGGGUACAUGGUGGGGUGGGCCCCACAGGAAGAGGUCCUGGACCACCGGGCCAUUGGUGGGUUUGUAACUCACAGUGGGUGGAACUCGACUUUGGAGAGUAUAGUGGCUGGAGUGCCAAUGAUAUGUUGGCCUUACUUUCUGGACCAGCAGACUAAUAGUAGAUUUGUUGGGGAGGUGUGGAAACUUGGCUUGGACAUCAAAGAUAUUUGUGAUAGAGUCAUUGUUGCGAAGAUGAUCAAAGAUCUGAUGGAGGUGAGAAGGGAUGAGCUUAUGAGGUCUGUUGAUCGUAUAGCUAACAUGGCGAGACAAUCUAUACGUGAAGGUGGAUCGUCAUAUUGUAAUUUAGACCGUUUGAUUGAGGAUAUAAGAUCGUUGAGCCUGGGUGCAUAAAAUCAGCUUGCACAGCAUUAUUUACUUGUUGGACAAAUUAUUUUGAAAAAAUCAAAAGGCAAAAAUUUGACUUCAUGAUUUAUCAGAUAUUACGUAGCUUUUUGUGACUUUGUUGAUUAAAGCAAAUAUUGAGGUUUACCUUUUA